AAAAAAUCAGGAGUAAUGCUGAGAUAGCAUUGUUUCUUACAAGAAAAAAAUAUUACGUUCAAAAUGAAUUUGGAAAUAUCGAUAUCACGGGCCACAACGAUAUAGAUACCACGUGGUAGGACUGUACAGUCUUUAAAAGAUUUGGAUUCCACCAAAAAGAAUUCCCUCAAAGGGUGGUGAUGAUUAUGAUUUUGAAUUAUAUAUUGAAUCUAGAAAACAGAUUUAACAAUUCAUUGCCUGAAACAUUCCGCAGUAACAUAGCAGAUGGAACAGAAAUUCAUUACUCAAACAUUUCAACAAACUAUCAUACUGUUGCAGAAACAGUUUUUCCAGAAAUAACUACAGUCAUACCAUUUCAUAAUGUUCGCUUAGCAUUCAUAGAUAAGUUGCUAGAAAAAUACGACAGAAGAGCUUGGCCAACCUAUGGUACAAAUCAACCUACACUUGUUUCUGUUAACAUCUACAUCAAUAGCUUGGGAUCAAUUAGUGCAGCAAACCAGGAUUUUGGUAUGGAUAUUUAUCUGAGGCAAUCAUGGAUUGAUCCUAGAUUAAAAACUUCUAUCUAUGGUAUGAAUGAAACCAUGACUCUUAAUGGACAAGAUAUCAUUGAUAAAAUUUGGAAACCUGAUUUAUUUUUUCGAAAUCUAAAAUCUGGGAACUUUCAUUCAAUGACAGUUCCAAAUAAGCUGAUUAAGCUCGCACCUGAUGGAAAAAUUCUUUUUAGUAUGAGAUUAACCCUUCGUUUAUCUUGCCACAUGUCCUUCCGUCUUUAUCCAUUGGAUACUCAGAGAUGUUGGGUGAUACUCGGAUCCUAUGCUCAGACAAAAGAUCAAGUAUUAGUGAAAUGGAUGGAAGAAACUCCAAUCACUCUCGAAAAAGAAAUCGUAGUGCCAGAAUUUCGUACAUUUCCUCAAUUGCCUAUGGAAUUCGAAAGAGAUAUCGACACAGGUGUUUUCAGCUUUUUAAAUGUGAGUUUUGUUUUCGUAAGACAGAAUGGUUAUCACUUGAUACAGACAUAUUUGCCAACAUUUCUGCUAGUUAUGGUAUCUUGGGUAUCAUUCUGGGUUCCAGUUGAAGCUGCCCCUGCAAGAGUUGCUUUAGGAGUCACAACACUUCUCAGCUUAGUGACAGUCGCCUCUGGAAUUCGGUCUCAAUUACCACCAGUUUCAUAUGCCAAAGCGAUUGAUAUAUGGAUUGGUGCUUGUUCGGUCAUGGUUUUCACAUCUUUGUUGGAAUUUGCAGCGUCCAGUUAUUUAAACAGGAUGAAAGUUUAUCAUAAAGAAAAUUCUUGUAUUAUUUUUAACAAAGAGAAAAAGGAUGCAAAGAAAAAUGAAAUUGAAGCUCCUCCAGAUGUGAUCAGAACUAUUCAAAGGAGAAGAUCUCAUACUAUUGAUCGUCUUAGUAGAAUGAUAUUUCCAGCUGUGUUUCUCAUUUUUAACUUGUUUUACUGGAUCUAUUAUCUUACACAAAGAGCUAAACAACGUGAAAUAUUGUUAUAAGACAAUAUUUUAUAAUGAAAUACGUAAUUUAUUUUUUGUCAUUUAUAACUGUUUUGAAAAAUAAAGAAUUUCUUAGUAA